GUCAUGAUGAAAGAAGCGGUAGUUGAUGAUAGUGAUGUUUUGAGAGGACUUCUAGAAUUUGCAAACAGGAAUCUCAUACACAGUGUCGUCAUCGGUGCAUCCAACAAGAACGCUUUGUCAAGUCUCAAAAAAUUUAAAACAUAUCAUUUUGAUAUACCAACAGCCAUGAUGAAAUCAGCCCCAGAUUUUUGCUCUGUAUACAUAAUUUCCAAAUUGAAGAUUGUGUCAGCUCGAUCAGCAGCAAGAUCAGUGGCAAAAAAUUUUAUGUCCCCAGCAAAACAAUAUCCUGUGCCGGCAGGUCCAUCUAUUGAUUCAGAAGGAGGAUCAUUAAGGGGACAAUCAAGUAGGAGUAGGGGCACUUAUGAAGGACAAGAAGCAAUAAGAUCACAAAUACGUGAGAAGCCAAGAAGUGCAGGAAGUAAUAUGUCAAUGGAGAGCAUUGAUAUACAAUCUCGUCCACGACAUUGGUCAAUGGAUGAAAGAGAAAUUUCGGGGCUUGGGCAAAUGGAUGCAAUCAAACGAGAACCUGAGUCAUCAUCAGAUGGCACAACAUCAGCUUCCAAUUCUAAAGAGCUGGAAGCCGAGAUGAAAAGAUUGAGGCUCGAACUGAAGCAGACUAUGGACAUGUACAGUUCAGCUUGCAAACAAGCAAUCUCAGCCAAAAAUCAGGCAGAACAGAUUCAUCAAUGGAAACUGGAAGAGGGACGUAAGGUUGAGGAGGUUAGGUUGUCUCAAGAGGCAGCUCUUGCAAUGGCAGAAAAGGAGAAGGCUAAAGCCAAAGCUGCAUUGGAAGCAGCUCAGGAAGCCAGGAAGAGGGCUGAAGAGGAAGCACAAAGAAGAAAGGAUGCAGAGAUGAAGGCAAAGAAAGAGGCAGAAGAGAAAGAUCGAGCAUUAACUGCAUUGGCUCAAAAUGAUAAUCGAUAUAGAAAAUACACCAUAGAGGAGAUUGAAGAAGCCACAGAAAAGUUUUCCCCUUUAAAAAAAAUAGGUGAAGGUGGAUAUGGGCCUGUAUAUAAAGGCCAACUUGAUCACACCCCAGUUGCAAUUAAAAUUUUGAGUCCUGAUGCAUCUCAGGGCAGAAAGCAGUUCCAACAAGAGGUUGAGGUACUAAGCGCCAUUAGACAUCCUAAUAUGGUCCUACUCCUUGGUGCAUGUCCUGAGCAUGGGUGCUUGGUGUAUGAAUUCAUGGAUAAUGGUAGCUUAGAAGAUAGAUUAUACCGGAAAAAUAACAGCAGGCCUAUUUCAUGGAGGAAACGAUUCCAAAUAGCUGCAGAGAUUGCCACUGCACUCCUUUUCCUUCACCAAAACAAGCCAGAGCCUAUUGUGCACAGAGACCUUAAACCAUCGAACAUUCUCUUGGACAGAAAUUAUGUGAGCAAAAUCAGUGAUGUUGGUCUUGCAAGACUAGUCCCUCCUUCUGUAGCUGAUACUGUCACACAAUAUUACAUGACUUCAGCUGCUGGAACCUUUUGUUACAUUGAUCCUGAGUAUCAACAAUCGGGGAUACUAACAACAAUGUCAGAUAUAUAUUCAUUGGGCAUAAUGCUAUUGCAGAUAAUCACAGCCAAGCCUCCAAUGGGUCUUGCUCACCAAGUUAGAAGGGCAAUUGAAAAGGAGAAGUUUGAAGAUGUGCUUGACCCUGUGGUGACUGAUUGGCCAGUAGAAGAAGCUAAAGCAUUUGCCAAAUUGGCAUUGAGUUGUUCAGAACUCAGCAAGAAGGACAGGCCAAAUCUUGCAACAGUUGUGUUGCCAGAACUUAACAGGUUAUGCGAUCUUGGAUUUACUUUACCCAAUGAUCAAGUUACUAUUAGUGAUGAGCAAAGCUCAAGCUAUGCGGCACGCCCUCCCACACCAACUGGAAAUCCACAUUCAAAGACGUCCAAAUAG